GGAAUAUUGCAUUUGAUGAUUGCACAGAAAAGAAUUUUGUGUAGAAUCUUGUGCGAAGGAGGGUCAGAGUGAUCUCCAAUGCGACCCAUUCAAGAUUCCCUAAUCCAAUUUUUGCGUUGUCAAUUGGUACAUAUGUACAUGCUUCUUCACAAAUAACCAUCAAACUCUACAUAGGGUUUCAUUUCUCUAUCUGUGUCUCUCUCGCUGUCGCAACUUUGUGCUACAAAUGGCAAUGGAGGUGAAAGUGUAUUGCAGAAGGAGAAAGAGGGAAAAAACCCAGCAAAUUGAUCACAUACCCAAGUGUUUUCAGCUUCCUAGAAGCGUUUCUGCAUCCAAACCUCGGACUGAUUUCUCUCUUCCCAUCUGCUCCUCCAAAGACAGAGAACUGGAGCUGCGCAUCAGCAAAGAGAUCCAAUCAAGUGUCAUUGUGGAGAGUUCGGAUAUGUCAAAUGACAAAAUAAGGCAUACUGAUGACCUGUCUUCUACUAGAUCCACUGAGCCUGAAAGUAGAAGGCAAGAAACGCUGACGAAUGGCAUGGAACUAACAGUCACAGAUAAAUCGUUCGGGAAAAAUGCACAAAUUCAACCUUGCAGUAACAGAAAUGGUGAAGAUAGAGAUGAUACUGCUACGGUAUUGGAGUUCACUCCUAAUAGAUCACUACUGACGGAAAACAGUGAAAUAUGUGCAACUCCUGGAAGUGUUGUCUGGGCUAAAACAGGACAAUGUUGGUGGCCUGCAGAAAUUUUGGGAGAGAGAUCAAGUAAAUCUCAAUCUAGCACUGUUGGCUUUAAAAGGCAUCUUUUAGUGCAGUACUUUGGUAAGAAUGGCAGUGCUUGGGUUGAUCCAGCUACAGAUCUUUCGCCAUUUGAGGAAUGUUUCGAAGAAAGGAGUUGUAACCAGGCCAAAGAGUUUCAAAUUGCUUUGAAACAAGCAUUGCACUAUAAGGAGCAUCCUAGAUCAUGUAAGGAGUCAUCUGGUUCUCUUGAUGGACAUGAUCAUUUAAAUCACCAUGACCAGUUACCUGCCGAAACGAUGAAUAGCACCGGACCAAAAAUGGGAUCACGAAAGGAUCCUUCGUGGAAGUAUGGUGUAGAAAUUGAAGUGUCAGGAGAAGGUGGGAAAAAAGGUUACAAGUAUAUUCGAUGCAACUUUUGUAGCAAGGUCAUUAAAGGGGGAGUGAAGAGAAUGAAAGAGCAUCUUGCAUGCACACAUAAGGAUGUUGCGCCAUGUCCAAACGUACCCUCAGAAGUAAAAAAUGAGAUUAACCAAUACUUGAAGAACUUCCAAAAUACAAAAUUUGCUUAUCAACGUAAUUUUGAGGAGACGAUAGAGAGUGGAGCCUACUUUGUCGGUGGUCGUGGCGAUAGUGUAAGUGGAAUUUUGUUGGAGGACAUUAAUUCUUGUCCUAGUGGUAGUGAUAGAGGAGUUAAAGGACCGAUAGAUAGGUCUGUGGAGAACAAGGGAGACGAUACUAAUGCUAAAGAGAUGCCAACAAGUGCCAAGGAGCAUCGUAAUCAAGUUUGUUCGGAUAUUGGGCGAUUCUUCUUUGAGAAUGGGAUUCCAAUCAAUUGUGCAACAAGCCCAUCAUAUUUCAACAUGUUGCGUUCGGUUGGAAAUUAUGGACGAGGAUUGAAAGCACCGACGAUGCAUGAGAUGAGUAAUUGGAUCUUAAAGAAAGAGGUAAAGACAACAUCCGAGAUUGUUGAUGAAAUAAAAGCAACAUGGAACAAGACUGGGGUUUCUUUGUUAUUGGAUGGUUGGUCAGGCAUGAGAAAUAGAAGCCUAAUCAAUUGUUUAGUCAACAAUCAAUAUGGAACUGUCUUCUUGAGAACCAUUGAUGCAUCUGAUUAUGUGAAAGAUGCACAAAAGUUAUUCGAAUUGAUUGAUGGUGUUAUAGAAGAGAUUGGAGAAAAUAUUGUGAUCCAAGUUGUUACUGAUAAUACAAGUGUGUAUAAAGCGGCUGGAAAUUUGUUGAUGGAGAAGAGGAAGAGUUUGUAUUGGACUCCUUGUGCGGCUCGUUCUAUAGAUUUGAUGCUUGAGAAAAUCGGAGAAUUGCCACAACAGAAGAAUGCUUUGCUUAAAGCGAAAAAAGUAAGCAAUCUCAUCCAUAAUCAUCGAUGGCUAUUGAGUUUAACAAAAAAGUUUACAAAGAAAGAUCUUCUCCGACCAACUGCUAGAAAAUUCACUACAUCUUUUUUGACUCUUGAAAACAUGUAUAAGUUGAAACAACCAUUACAAAUGAUGUUUGCUUCAAAUGAAUGGGAUAGUUGUGCAUGGGCAAAGAAACCUGAAGGGAAGGCGGUGAAGAAGAUUGUAAUGGAUGAACGCACGUUUUGGCCUAGUGUGGUCUAUUCCAUUAAAACCACAAAUCCCCUUGUGCAUGUUUUGAGGCUAGUUGAUGGUGAGACUCCUGCAAUGGGGUUUAUUUACGGGGCUAUGGAUGAGGCAAAAGAGAAGAUAGCCAAGAACUUGGAUGGAGAUGUGUCUUCUUACAAGGAGAUUUGGGAUAUAAUUGAUACAAAGUGGGAGUGUCAGUUGCAUCACGACUUGCAUGCAACUGCAUAUUACUUGAAUCCACGAUUUAGAUGGAGUCCCAAUGUUUCAGAGCAUGUAGAGAUUAAAUAUGGAUUGUACCGUUGCAUGGAGAGACUCAUCAAUGAUGACACGAUGUUUACAAAGAUUGAUAACCAACUUAAUGUAUACACACGCAAACAAGGAUUGUUUGGAUUCCGAAAUGCUUUGUCAAGUUACCAAUCACGUCCACCUGUUAUAUGGUGGGAUAACUUUGGAGAUGAGACGCCGGAGCUAAAAGCAUUUGCAAUAAGGAUUCUUGGUCUUACUUGUUCGAUAGCAGUGUGUGAACGUAAUUGGAAUAAGUUCAAUCAAAUGCACACAAAAAGAAGAAAUUGCCUAAGCAUGGACAAGAUGAAUAGCUUGUUGUACAUUAUGUACAACAAAAAGUUGAAGCAUAGAUUUUUGAAGAAACAGUCAUUAAAAGAGGAAGAUGAUCCUUUGAUUAUUGAUGAGGUGUCUUCAGAUGAUGAGUGGAUUGCAAACCCAAAUGAUGAAGAAGAUGUCAAUAGCGAAGUUGUAUCAAUUGAAGCUGGAAAUGGAGUUGAGGAUGCAUGCCCAAGUUCAUCAUCAAGAAAGAGGAAAGAAAGGGAAAACUCGUCAAGUUCAAGCCGAGCAGGAACUGACUGCACAGGAAGAGUGAGGAGCAAGCGUGAAAGAAAACGGAAAGUCCAUUUUGAUGAGGUGAGCUGUCCAUUAUAUACAUCGAGGAAAGUUCGUCGAUUCAAAAUCAUGCGGUCUCUUGGACUUGCUGCGCCAGUCGGAUCUCCCUUCAACACCCCAUGAGUUCCAAGAUCCGACCGCCAACAAUUACGACCGAUCCUUUCCAAACUCAAGCGUUUAGUUCCUUAAGUCGAGAAUAGGAAUAAGCUUCUUAUCUGAGUUAUGAUGAAAACAAGUAUAGAAAACGUGGAGUAUGUAUAGUUCUGCAUUUCUACUCCACCAAUUUGAGUGAAAGAACCCAUAUUGAAGAUGAGAUGAUGAAUUCAUAUAGGAAAUUAGGCUGAAACUGUUUAUAAUCUAUAUAUAUGAGGAAUCAGAAUUUGGUGCUUCCCCAAUGUGUUCAAAGGAACAUAAUGACAUUGAUUGAAGCAUGGUUAUAUGCCAAUAUGUAGUUUUAUAG